CACAGUCGUAAGUUUUCCAUCGGUGUAGAAACAAUAGUCAGCGGCUCCGACUAAGCUGAGCAAUCCCAAAAAAUCGAGAAAUAAUGGCGUUCCUGUUUAAAUCCAUCAUUUGCGCUACCCUGCUGUCGCUGGCAGUGGCCGAGUACGGCGUCGAAGAGGACAUCCACGAGCAUCACCAGCCGGGAUUCUCGUACGCUAAGUUUAGCGGCCCAGUCAGCGGGCCGGCCCACGAAGUCCACAUCGUAGACAAGCACGGCCACGGGCACACGAUCGAUUAUGUGGCCAAGCCGGACUACCACUUCGAGUACGGAGUUGAGGACCCCAAGAGCAAGGUUUCGCAGAGUCGCAAGGAACAGCGCCACGAGGAUGAUCUGCACGGCGAGUACGCGGUACAGCAGCCGGACGGCAAGCUGCGCGUCGUCAAGUACACCGCCAACAAGCACUCGGGAUUUCACGCUGAAGUGUUGAUCGAUGGAAAACCGCUGCACGAGGAGGAGCUGGCCAAGCUGGCGCACGAAGCCCAGGAACAGGCAGCCAGAGCCCACGAGCAGCAGCACGAGGAACCAGCCUCGUACGGUGGCCACGAAGAGCAGACCUACGAAGGCGGUGAAGCAUCCUACGGUGGCGAAGAGGGUGGUGAAGAGUACUACCAUUGAUUUUCUACAAAUGCUUAGAACGUUCCGUUCGUUUCCUCGCCGAUAAUACUCUAUUUAUUUGUAAGAAUCGUCACUUUUUAAGAACGUCUAGUCGACACUUUUAACCAAAACCGACAAGCAAAGCACUAGAUGGUUUUAGAAUGCUACUUCGCUACGAAAGCUAUGCUUUAUAGUUCUUUAUUGGGAAAACCUGCCCAAAUACUUUUAACUGAUGGAUGCAAUCCGCUCAUAAUGCUCCGAAUGUGAUAAUUUGUGAAAGUUUCUCAUAUCAGAAUACUAGAACCGAACGUGCGGUGUACUCAUGAAGCCACCCUCCGAAGGCCACCAAAAACGAUGUUGUUGUUUUUUUUAAACCAUUUUACCACUAGAUGAAAUUUAAUAAGCCGAAGAAAACCUCGAAACCGAAUUGAAUACAUUCAUUGUUAAUUAGUUUGUUACGCGCCUGUGCAUAGAAUUGUAGGAAAAAAGACUUUUAAACACGAAAAGAGAGCCCGAAGUGCUCCAAAAAAUAAACAGAAAGAUUAAUGAGUUUUAAA